AUGUUUAUGCAGGUUAAAAGCGCUAUCGAACUGGGCGAAGCGGACUUGCAAUGGCGCAUCAGUGUCGCCAAGGCACAGCAGGCAAUGUGCAGCGACCACUACUACGCUACCAAGGCGUAUAAGCCCGCAGAAGUUCGUAAGCUCUGGGAGGUGUUGGAGUCUAAUAUGCUGUUCCCAUUGCUGGUUAGAUCGGCACCACCCGUCGUGCUCGAAGCAAUAGUGCAUCUUUGCAAGCUCUUCGUAACUACCAAAGGUCUGAUAGCAAGCGUUCCAGAGGCACUGGUGGGAUUGCAUGUCUUUGAGGUGCCUUGUCAUAUGGAGAGAGUUUGUGCCGCAAGACUUGUUACGGAAGCUGUUGUUGCAGUCGUGCCACCCACAGCGGUUGAUGAAAUCGAAUUGUCUGAUCAUAUGUUGACGCGCCCCUUGAAUAUGCUGCUUGCGAGCACAGCUAAGCAAAUGUUCGUUCAUACGGUCUGGUCUUGA